ACCACCCGACAAUGUGAGUCAAGUCUUUGGUCAAGCAUGUGUUAUUCGAACCCGGAUCGUCACGGAUCUCUAAUUAUCCGGGUGUGUGACAACAGUUUCGUGAGGUGGACAAAUCAUCUUAUCAAGAUUACUGCUCGACAAGGCAGCGGCAGUAUAUCCACAUUAGUGUACGCGUGCUCCAGAUGAAUCACAGAUAAACCUGUUUGUACCCUGUGUGGCUCGACCAGGAAAUUCAAUACUGAAAUAGACAAAGACUGUCUAGUCACUGCUUCCUGAACUGUGAUCCGGGGAUACUAAGGUGAAGAACAAAUCGGGAUAUUAUGAUCUACUUGUACAACUGGAUGAUCUGAUGCUGUGUCAAUUAUGGGCAAGAGGCUGGAGAUUCAUUUGAUGCUUCUAGCUGCGCUGACUGUCAGUGUGUUUAGCCAGACAAUCCGACUCGUGUCCCCACUUGACAACGGUGUUGGGAGACUUGAGGUGUACUAUAACGGCACGUGGGGCACCGUGUGUGACGAUGACUUUGGUGCCGAUGAAGCUAAAGUGGCCUGCCGACAACUAGGACGAUAUCAAAGCGGACAUACACCAAGGGCGAUUCAAACUUUCGGUUUUGGAGGAGGGCAGAUUUGGUUGGAUGACGUGAGUUGCUCUGGUUCCGAAUCAUCUUUGGCCAGCUGUUCACACAGGUCAUGGGGCGUCAACAAUUGUGGCCACAGUGAAGAUGUUGGCAUCAUAUGUGAUCCAAGUGACAUAACGAUGAGGCUGACACCAAACUACAAAAGGGGACUCCUGCAGGUAUUGCACUCCAGUAUCUGGGGAACAGUGUGUGAUCAUGACUUUGGGCAAGUCGAGGCUUCCGUGGUUUGCCGGGCUCUCGGGUACCAAGGAGGUAAGGACAUCGAUGAAGCCAGUCCCAUUAAAAUGUGGCUGGAUGAUGUGGACUGCACGCUGCUGAACACAGAUCUAAAGGACUGCAAGCACAGUCCAUGGGGGGUGGAUAACUGUAACGACAGUGAAGCUGUUGGUGUCGAGUGUUUUUCAUUUCCUGAAGAGGCUACAGCGGCAAGACUGGUCUCCUCCACCACCAACAUGCCAGGUGAUGGAGUUCUGGAGCUGUACUAUAAGGGACAGUGGGGAAGAGUCUACUACUCUGGGUUUGGAGUUGAAGAAGCAACAGUUGCCUGCAGAAUGUUGGGAUACAACACCAUUACAGCCAAAGCUAGCUCAUCUUCAAACACUGGCAGCGAAUCACGACGUGUAAUCGUAGAAAAGUUCCAUUGUCUUGGCACUGAACUCUCACUGAACGAUUGUCUUCAUUACCCUUGGGGUAGUGUUACCUCGUCAUCAACAGUUGUCCGAAUACAGUGUCCUAACGCUAAUCUUCAAAUACGCUUGAACUCGACAACUCGUGGACUGGGGCGGGUAGAAGUACUACACAACAAUGUCUGGGGAACAGUCUGUAGAGGGUCGUCGUUUUCCUCAGAGGAGGCACAAGUUGUGUGCAAAAUGGCAAAUCUUCCCUGGACAACAGCGUCAGUGACAACGUCUUAUGCUGCAGGGGAAGGACUUAUUUGGCUGAGUAACGUCGACUGUACGGGGACAGAGACCUCCCUAGACGAGUGUUCCCACUCUGGUUGGGGAACUGCACCAGGAUGUUCCCACAGUAGUGAUGUUGGAGUGGUAUGUCGUGGAGCUAGUCGGAGUGUCCACCUGGAGCCACCUGGUAGUGUCCUCAACGUCUUUCUUGGUCAACCAAUCAGUGUCAAGUGUGUGGUCGAUAACUCCAGCACUCCCGUCACGUCGUUCAGGUGGACACACAGUGGACGUUCCUACAGCGGACAAACGUUCACUACAACAAUAACAUCCAAGUCUGACUCGGGCACAUUGACAUGUAAUGCCCAGAACAUGAUGGCCUCCACACAAAUCAACGUGUGGUACCCGCCAGAGGUACAUCUGGAGCCGGGAAAUGACACCAUUGAUGUUGGUGUCGGUGACAACCUCCAUGUACAGUGUGUAGCGGAUGACGCCAACCCUACAACCUACACAUUCAGAUGGUCCCACAAUGGAAAAACAAGUACUGAGGAAACUAUCCUCAUUCAGAACGUGACCAAAGCUGACAGUGGACGAUUGUCCUGCACAGUGGACAAUGGACACAUGAUGACACCUGGACGGGCAGAUGCAACUAUAAAUGUAAAAUAUCCACCAGAGAUCCACCUGUCAACAAGACAAGAUGUCAUCAGUGUCAUGGUUGGGGAUGUCGUUGACGUUGAAUGUGUCGUUGACGAUGCAAACCCUGCUGUCAGCUCCUACAUGUGGCGUCACAACGGCGAUAUCAGUUACGGACAGACGUUUCUGAAACAUGCGUCAUCUUCUGAUUCGGGCAACAUAUCGUGCUUUGCCACUAAUGAACAAGGGACAUCUUCUGUUCAGACAAGCAUCGAAGUCUUGCAAGCUUCCUCUUUGAUCGGGAACAACGACAUUACAAGCACAAAUAAAGUGAUUGUCAUAGCAACAGGAUCUGUGGGCAUAGUUAUCAUCAUCAUCCUCAUCAUCAUCAUUAUCUACCAGAGGAGAAGAAUGCAGACUGCAACACAUGAUAAUAAACCAGAAGAGAACCCACAGAGACCUGGUCAGGCGUCCAGGGCAGAUGGUGCAAGACGAAGACAGAAUUACGAGAACAUGGAGCGGCCAAGUGGAGGUGCUGAAAAUACGUACUGCGAAAUUCCAAUGACCCCAAGGAGAGAUGCCGAUCCUGCUCGUGCCUUUGACAACCAUGGAUAUGACCCUGAAGAACGCAUACGGCAAGCAACAGAAAAGAAACAAAGCAAAGUAAAAUCACCAAAAAGACGAAAGCGCAAUGACGAGCCCGUCUACCAAAACGCCAUCGCCAGGAAAGAAUUAUUCUCGUAACCAUGGAAACCCAUAUCAUCACGUGACCUGGGCACAUAUCGGCAUCAGCUAUUACUAUUUACAUUCUAUGUAUAAUAAUAAUAAAGUGUGUUAUUGUUAU